AUGUCAUCUAGCCGGCACGCGGUCGCGGUAGGGAAGAGCAGGAAUUCGUUCAGCAAAGAUUACUUCUGGACCAAUUCUACACUCAGAGAGACUCUUGGUCAGUCGCUGGCGCGGUCCAGAAGGGACAUACAAAGUUCGAUUGCUUCGGCUAGGGCAGGCGAGGCAGCGCCAGCCAGCAGCGCUCCGCAAUCUGAACCUGUGGGGACGUCUGUAGAAGAUGCGCUUCCGCAUCGGCGGCGCAAAAGACGACGGGAAGGAGAUGCCGGCGAAAUUGCAGAAAAACGUUAUCCUAUAGCGCUGGACGCAUCAGCGCAAUUAGCAGACAUCUCCUCGCAGCUGCCUCAACGGUCAUUCAAACGAGUCUUUACGACCUACCUCUCUUUAUCGAAACCUAGACUUUCCUUCCUUGUUGUGCUUACUGCCACCGCCGCAUACUCUUUAUACCCCGUACCCGGUCUCCUUGCUCCGGCCGCAACCGCUACGCCUUCGCUCUCUACGCUCACGCUGUUCUUCCUUACAUCAGGAACAGCGCUAUGCUCAGCCUCGGCCAAUGCUUUCAACAUGCUCAUGGAGCCCGAACACGACGCCAAAAUGAGCCGUACGCGGAACCGUCCUCUCGUGCGCAAACUGAUUAGCACAAGAGGUGCCAUGGCCUUUGCUAUUACAUGCGGAGUAGUUGGUACCGGUGCCUUGUAUUAUGGCGUUAACCCUACCACCACUUUCCUGGGCUUUACGAACAUCGUGCUUUACGCUGGCUGCUACACUCCCUUGAAGCGGAUGCACGUUCUUAAUACCUGGAUCGGAGCUGUAGUAGGCGGCAUUCCCCCCCUGAUGGGUUGGACCGCUGCAGCGGGACAAUGUGCCCACGACGGCACAUGGCAGGAACUACUUUUCGGAGAAGGAAGUGCAGGAGGCUGGCUCUGCGCUGCGCUCCUCUUCGCCUGGCAAUUUCCGCAUUUCAAUUCCCUCUCGUGGUCCAUCCGCGAGGAAUACAAGCACGCCGGUUACCGCAUGCUGGCUUGGGUCAAUCCUGCGCAGAACGGCCGCGUGGCCCUCCGCUACGCCAUCCUCAUGUUUCCUGUUUGCAUUGGGCUCUCAUUCUGUGGUGUCACGGAUUGGAGCUUCAUCGCUACGAGCAGCUUGGUAAAUGGCUGGAUGGCGUGGAAGGCUGUGGAGUUUUGGCGCGAACAGGGACACAAGGGAACUGCGAGAGGACUUUUCUGGGCCAGUGUAUGGCAUCUGCCGAUUGUGAUGGUAUUGGCUAUGGCGCAGAAGAAGGGGUUGGGGGAGCGCGUCUGGAGGAGCAUAUUUGGAUACCCGGAUGAAGGGGAUGAACUAUACUACGAGGUUGGGGAGCUCGAAGAAGAGGAAGAGAAAUUGAAGGCUCUUGUGGAACGAAGGAGUGCUGCGUAA